AUGUCGGCUGGCAACCAAUACUGGAUGCCAGAUCACCUCUGCAAGGUAUGCUACGACUGUUCUGCAGCGUUUUCACUCUUCCGACGUCGUCAUCAUUGCCGACUCUGUGGGCAAAUUUUCUGCUACGAGUGCAGCAGCCAAUUCGUCGACGGAACGCCCCAUAGCUUCCCUGGCGUCAUUCGAGUGUGUACGUUCUGCUUUCAAUUCGCAGAUGCUGCUGGGAAGAAGAAAUUACAUGACAAGGAUCAGAGACGGCACUCGAUCGAGAGUUUAGAUGCGAACGAGACGUCGAGAGAAUCAUUUUCGAGUCGAUUUGACCGAACGUCACAUCGACUGAGUGAAGAACUUAGCGGAGUGAAGCCAUCACCGCUUGUUUUUGGUCCUCCCGUCGACCCAAAUGAAGUACCGACACUGUUAUCACCAGUCGAUUCGAAUUCAAGUGACAUUGAGCAGUCUGCUGACCCAACAAGCGCCACAAAUGAGUCGAUAGAUUUAUUUGAGGAAUCAGACAGUACAGAAGUGCAGCGAAGGUUUCGCCCUCAAGUACGGACCAGAAGGAGACGUUCUAGUGCUGAACUUUUGGAUGCGAUUGAAAGUGGGGGCCUCAUGGAGGCAGAAGUGCUCGCUUUUAAGCAGGGGAGGAAAAAGGCGUCUCCUAAAAAGGAGGUUUCAACGGUCCUCGAAGAGACACAGUGGGAACUUGCGACGCAAAACAGUAAUAACCUCCACACGCAACGAGAGAUUGCGCUGGACAUGUAUAUGCAAAGCGCCCACGAACAAAUUCGCGAUGGUAUUAAACAGUCCGUGUCUGCUCUGUCAAAGGGCUUGCCAGAAGCUGAGGCGAUUGAUCGAGAUCAGCUGGCUUUGACGCUGGAAGACAUGGCGUUUGUCGUGACGGGACAUUUACUGUUUAGUAUGAAUUUCCGCUCUCCAAGUGGCUUCAACUACUCGAAUCUCGUCAAAGUGAAGAGCAUCGCAAUGGCUACCAGCUCCAAGAAGGAACCGAGUUACAAUUUCAAAUGGCUCGCUGGGACUGUGUGUCACAAACACUUGAGUCACAAGCAAAUGGCGCGGGAGGUGGCGAACCCGCGCAUCUUGCUGUUUGCUUGCGGAAUAAGCUACGAUCGCUCAAAUGGCACUGGGCGAAUGAGCUCACUGGACACAUUACUGGAGCAGGAGAAGAGCUACAUGGCCAUAUUGGUUGACAAGAUUUCGGCGCUGGAGCCAGAUGUAAUUUUUGUGGAGAAGACUGUGUCACGACAUGCACAAGAGCUAUUGUGUGAGCGCCGAAUUUCGAUCGUGCUCAACGUCAAGAGUGAAAUGCUGCGUCGAAUCGCACGUCACACUGGAGCUGACGUUCUGACAUCGGUGGAUCAUGUGGAUAAAGCCGAUCCUGCUAAAGUAAUUGGUCGAUGUCGUUCAUUCAUGGUCAAAUCGAUUCCUGUAGUUCCGGACGAAGGCUUGUCGCCAGCGAAGAAGUCGUUGCAGGCGCUUGCUGGGGUGUUUAUGAAAGCACCUGCAGUGCCAAGUCGCUUGCGAACUGAUACCUACUUGUACCUUGACGGAUGCGACCCAUUAAAUGGCUGCACAGUACUUAUCACUGGCCCAUCAAAGCAAACGUUGAGGGUAUUCAAGCAGCUGACGCGUACAGUGCUAUCGAUGACGUAUCAGUUGCUGUUGGAAGCUCAUGUGCUGUCCGAUCUUGACUUGAACAAGAAUAUCAGAGCGAAACUUAGCGAGGAACAACACACUACCUGGUGUACAACGUCCACUUUACGAGUCCGGGACCCUGGAUCUUCGAACCCUCGCUACCAUCAGUGCGUUGAAGCUAAACAUCUUCGCAUUACAGCCUGUUCAGACGAAGACGUGUCAUUCGGCAAUUUUCUCAACCAAGAAUUGGCAGCUCUCUCGCUAAAGUGCCAGAAUGUCAAAUGCAAUCGCUUAAUGGCAGAACAUGUGCACUCAUUCAGCUGCCGGACAGGAACGAUCACAAUUUCGUUUGAAGAGUUGCCAGACAAGAACAAACAAUCUCUAUCGAUGUCUCUGAGUCAAGCGAGCGACCCUGGAGUAACAGAUAAAUCGUUUGGAUCUUUCAGUGAACUGUCCUUCACGAUGGGAUCGGAGCGGGAUAUCAACCUGCUGGCGAUGAUGACACCAAAUUCCUUUUCCCAACCGUCUGGAAGUGAAGACGACACUGCAUUAGCCGCGGAGAACGGAUACCCUACAGUGAUAUUUUGGCGGUGGUGUCACGAAUGUAAAGGUGUCAUUUCCCCUUUUAUCCCGUUGGAGAAGUACAUUUACAAGUACUCGUUUGCGAGAUUCCUUGAAGUUCUCUUCACUGAGGCAGAAGGAUCGGUGUUGCCUAAAUCACCGUCCGCGAUGUGUGCACACACCUCUAUGGAGUCGCACGUGCUUUUCUUCAACAUCGGCAACUCGGUUGCACGUUUCGAGUUCCAGAAGCAGGUGUCACUUCGUCUUGAUCGCUCCAAUUUGAAGCACGGCACUGGUAUCGUUCAUCUAAAGCAACCUUUGGAGAAAACCGAGCGAGAAAUUGUGGAAAAAGAAGUCUCUGCUCGUCUGGAGGGGUUGAAAGGGCUGCUGAAAGCGCUGAUACAGUCUUUCACGGAAAAGGUGCAGGGGAUUAUUCAGGCUGUGGAGGCUUUUGAGCGCACUGAUACAGAUCAUCAUCACGCUCGCAUCAUUCUUGAAGUCAUGUGUAUUUCCAAGAUGGUGCGAAGUGGUGAUGCAAUGAUUUCCCAUAAAUUGACGCAACUGGAGCAGGAAACUGCGAACAGUUUGGGCGCUUGCGACGCCACGCACCGCGCGCUGUAUUUGAUGGCGUGCAAGUGGAUCACUUGCAUACUGCGACUUCGCAAGCUAGUUAAGAAGCAUGUAUCGACGGAAACGGCUCCACCAGCACCGAAUAGUGGCUCGUUCACGCUUGGAGGUGUUACCUUUCAUCCUUCAGCUGUGAUGUCGCCGAUUGUAUCGCCGCGGGUUGUAGAGGAGGCUACUUUGACGCCCAGUGUCAUUAUUAAAGAACCUGAUUGGGGUGAAGGUGCCGAGCCGCUUGUUCGACGCCGAAGUAGUGGUGCCCUAAAUUCUGCGAUUGAGUCAGAAGUGAUGACGCGAAGUGCAGUAUCACCGUCAUCGACGAUCGGACACAUUGAAUCCUUGAAGCGACCACCGAUGCCGUUCUCAAGCGGCGCCAGCAGUAGUGGAGACGGAAAAGAGAGCUCACGACCAGGUUGGAAGGAUGCGUUGUUGGAUCUCUACCGCGUUCUCGGUCGACCUGAGCCUGGAAGCGACUUCACUAUUGAUCUUCCAGAAGAGCUGACUACGGGGCACCCUAGUCUCCCUCACCGAUCUAAGUCUCGAGUUGUGCUGGUAAACGAGGCACAACCGAUCACAUGGGUUGCGUAUGCUUUGUCAACUGAUUCCUACGAGGAAGAGUUGGACGGAUGGAAGCUUCGUGUCCACAGUGAAGGCGUCGAGUCGGUUGAUGCGCAGAAACAACAUUUUGAUGGUGCAAGCACGAAUUGGUCGCGUGCUGCUCUCGAAACAACACUGAAUGUGCCGUUUAAGUUCGCCGCAAUAGAAAUGCCGCUGCACUUGUCGCUGCUUUCUGGAAAGACAUCGUCAACAAUGUCAAACACGUGCUGGGAGCUAUCGACGAUAGCGUACUACCCACUUCAGUUUGAAGUCCUACGCGAAUUAUUCUACGGGAGUCUGCAAAAUUUUGCAUUUUCAAUAUCUCACGUGGCAAAUUGGGAUGCCAACGGUGGUAAAUCAGGAGCCUCUUUUUACCGAACACUCGACGACCGCUUUGUGAUCAAACACAUUUCAUCGAAAGAAAUGCAGAGUUUCUUGGGAUGCCUUCCAGAGUACUUUAAGUACAUGGCGAGUAUCUACUUCGAUGGUUGUGCCAGUCUUUUAUCAAAAACUGUGGGGCUUUACCAGACGACCAUCACUCGAAAGGACUCCGGACAGAAGACAGUGCAAUACAUCUGUGUCAUGGAAAACGCGUUCUACCAAAAGCAGCUCACUCGGACCUACGACCUCAAGGGAAGCUCUCGGAAUCGAUUCGCCAAGCCACGUCCCUCUUCAGAGAAUGAUACCAGUGGCCGUGUACUGCUGGACGGCAACUUCUUGGAAUUCACCAAAGGCCACCCCGUGGGUGUGCUAGCAGAGGACCACAAAUUUAUUCUGAAGGCUGUGGAGAACGAUACUGCGUUUCUCUAUUCGAUCAACAUCGUCGACUAUUCGAUGGUCAUGGGGCUAAGCUAUCGUCGAGAUACUGUCAAGGGAGAGGACGACGAGGAUCCAUCCGAAAUGACCGUCGGCAUUAUUGACUACUUGCGCCAAUUUGAUCUAAUAAAGCGGGUGGAGAGUGUCGGCAAGUCUGUGGGUAUGAUCGCUGGCCAGUCGUCUCCCACGAUUAUCGAGCCGGGGCUGUAUGGAAAACGCUUUCGAGAUGCCAUACAUCGGUACUUUAUGCCAGUAACUCCAAUAUCGUCCGGCACCAACGAUGAUAAAUAA